CCCGGGAGUUUGGCGUUACUUUGCUGGAACUGGCGAUCCAGGGAUCUCCUGGGGGGGGAGGGAGGUCUCCUUCUGCGUCCGCGGGGUGCGGCGACCCGUGCGAGAGAGGACCGCGAGGUUUACCCCCCCUCCCUCCCCGGGACGGACAGCGCGACGGUGUUGUAACCUAAUUGAAUGAUCCAGUGAUCCUUGCCAUUAUGGGAAAUCAACUCGCUGGUAUUGCCCCUUCCCAGAUCCUCUCAGUGGAGAGCUAUUUCUCAGAUAUCCAUGACUUUGAAUAUGACAAGAGCCUGGGUAGUACUCGGUUUUUUAAAGUUGCCCGGGCGAAGCACCGUGAAGGUCUGGUGGUUGUGAAGGUCUUUGCAAUUCAGGAUCCCACCUUGCCAUUAACUAGCUAUAAACAAGAGCUGGAGGAGCUGAAAAUCAGGCUUCAUUCUGCCCAGAACUGCCUCCCUUUCCAGAAAGCUGCAGAGAAAGCAUCUGAGAAAGCAGCCAUGUUGUUCAGGCAGUACGUGCGGGACAAUCUCUACGACCGCAUCAGCACACGCCCGUUCCUGAACAACAUUGAGAAGCGCUGGAUUGCCUUCCAGAUCCUCACCGCUGUGGACCAAGCGCACAAAUCCGGCGUCCGCCAUGGCGACAUCAAGACGGAGAAUGUGAUGGUGACCAGCUGGAACUGGGUUCUCCUCACCGACUUUGCCAGUUUCAAGCCCACCUAUCUUCCGGAGGACAACCCAGCUGAUUUCAACUACUUCUUUGACACUUCCCGGAGGAGGACUUGCUACAUUGCCCCAGAACGUUUCGUUGAUGGCGGGAUGUUUGCCACGGAGUUGGAGUACAUGAGAGACGCUUCCACCCCACUGGUAGACUUAAAUAGCAACCAGAGAACAAGAGGAGAGUUGAAGCGAGCAAUGGACAUCUUCUCAGCAGGUUGUGUGAUAGCUGAACUGUUUACAGAAGGCGUACCACUGUUUGAUCUCUCUCAACUCUUGGCGUACAGAAAUGGACAUUUCUUCCCUGAACAAGUGCUGAAUAAAAUUGAAGAUCGUAGCAUCAGAGAAUUGGUUACCCAAAUGAUCCAUCGUGAGCCAGAUAAACGUUUACAGGCCGAAGAUUACUUAAAACAGCAGCGUGGCAAUGCCUUCCCUGAGAUAUUUUAUACUUUCCUUCAGCCUUACAUGGCCCAGUUCGCCAAAGAAACCUUUCUCUCUGCAGACGAGCGUAUUCUGGUUAUCCGGAAGGAUUUGGACAACAUUAUUCACAACCUCUGUGGACCUGAUCCGCCAGACAAAGCCGACGGAGAGGCCAAGGAGAGCGGGCUGGUGAUUUUGGUGUCCGUGAUAACGUCCUGCCUCCAGACUCUCAAAUACUGUGAUUCCAAACUGGCCGCCCUGGAGCUCACCCUGCACCUGGCCCCCAGGCUGAGCGUGGAAAUCCUGCUGGAUCGCAUCACUCCGUACCUCCUGCACUUCAGCAAUGACUCCGUUCCGCGAGUGCGGGCCGAAGCCUUGAGGACGCUGACCAAGGUCCUCGCGCUCGUGAAAGAAGUGCCUCGAAAUGACGUCAACAUCUACCCGGAGUACAUUCUGCCAGGCAUAGCCCACCUCGCCCAGGACGAUGCCACCAUCGUGAGGCUGGCCUACGCCGAAAACAUAGCUCUGCUAGCAGAAACUGCUCUAAGAUUCUUGGAAUUGGUACAGCUGAAAAACCUCAACAUGGAAAACGACCCUAACAGUGAAGAAAUGGAUGAAGUUUCCCACCCGGAUGGCAACUAUGACACAGAACUCCAAGCCCUACAUGAAAUGGUCCAACAGAAAGUGGUCACUUUGCUAAGCGACCCCGAAAACAUCGUGAAGCAGACGCUGAUGGAGAACGGGAUCACGCGGCUGUGCGUCUUCUUCGGACGGCAGAAGGCCAACGACGUCCUGCUGUCCCACAUGAUCACCUUCCUCAAUGACAAGAACGACUGGCACCUGCGGGGGGCGUUCUUCGACAGCAUCGUGGGCGUUGCUGCCUACGUGGGCUGGCAGAGCUCGUCGAUCCUCAAGCCGCUCCUGCAGCAAGGCCUGAGCGACGCCGAGGAGUUCGUGAUCGCGAAGGCGCUGCACGCCCUCACCUGCAUGUGCCAGCUGGGGCUGCUGCAGAAGCCCCACGUCUACGAAUUCGCCAGCGACAUCGCCCCCUUCCUGUGUCACCCCAACCUGUGGAUCCGCUACGGCGCCGUGGGCUUCAUCACCAUGCUGGCCCACCAGAUCAGCACGGCGGACGUGUACUGCAAGCUCAUGCCCUACCUCCACCCCUACAUCACCCAGCCCAUCAUCCAGAUCGAAAGGAAACUUGUCCUCCUCAGUGUUUUGAAAGAGCCAGUGAGCCGCUCGAUCUUCGAUUACGCCCUGCGGUCCAAGGACAUCAGCAGUCUGUUCCGGCACCUGCACCUGCGGCAGAAGAAGCGCAGGGGCUCCGUGGCCGACUGCCCCCCGCCGGAGGACCCCGCCGUGGCGCAGCUCCUCAAGAAGCUGCUCUCCCAGGGAAUGACGGAGGAGGAGGAAGACAAACUCCUGGCACUGAAAGACUUCAUGAUGAAAUCCAACAGAGCAAAGGCAAACAUCGUAGACCAGAGUCACCUUCACGACAGCAGCCAGAAAGGCGCCAUCGACCUGGCGGCGCUGGGCAUCACCGGGAGACACGUGGACCUUGUGAAGGCCCGGCAGGAGCCCGAGGACAGGCGGGCUAGGAAACACGUAAAGCAAGAGUCCAACGUCAACGAAGAGUGGAAGAGCAUGUUCGGGUCCCUGGAGCCCCCGGCCCUCCCCCAGCCGCUGCCUAAAGCGAGCGAGCCGGAGGCGGGUCCGGCCGGGAAGCCGCCUCGCUCCGAAUCCUCUGCCGGCCUCUGCGGCCCCUCCGCAGCCGCCCCGCAGGUUUCAGAAGUAACCAAUGUCCCACAUAAAAGGCCAGUGGUACAGGUUGUAAGUAGCACCGUUUUGCCGUCCACCUAUCAGAUUCGGAUCACCACCUGCAAAACGGAGCUGCAGCAGCUCAUCCAGCAGAAGCGGGAGCAGUGCAACGCCGAGCGGAUCGCCAAGCAGAUGCUGGACAGCGCCGAGUGGGAGAGCCGGCCCCCGCCCCCAGGGUGGCGCCCCAAGGGGCUGCUGGUGGCGCACCUGCACGAGCACAAGUCCGCCGUCAACCGGAUCCGAGUCUCCGACGAACACUCGCUCUUCGCGACCUGCUCCAACGACGGCACGGUGAAAAUCUGGAACAGUCAGAAGAUGGAGGGGAAGACCACCACCACCAGGUCCAUCCUCACCUACAGCCGGAUCGGAGGGCGCGUGAAGACGCUCACGUUCUGCCAGGGCUCCCACUACUUGGCCGUGGCGUCCGACAACGGAGCUGUGCAGCUGCUCGCAAUCGAGGCCUCCAAGCUGCCCAAGUCUCCUAAAAUCCACCCUCUGCAGAGCAGGAUCCUGGACCCCAAGCAGGACGGCUGCGUGGUGGACAUGCAGCACUUCAACUCGGGCGCGCAGUCGGUGCUGGCCUACGCCACGGUGCACGGCUCGCUGGUGGGCUGGGACCUGCGCGCGUCCAGCGACGCGUGGACGCUCAAGCACGACCUCAAGUCGGGCCUCAUCACCUCCUUCGCCGUGGACAUCCACCAGUGCUGGCUGUGCAUCGGCACCAGCAGCGGCGCCAUGGCGUGCUGGGACAUGCGCUUCCAGCUGCCCAUCUCCAGCCACUGCCACCCGUCCCGCGCGCGCAUCCGCCGCCUCUCCAUGCACCCGCUCUACCAGUCCUGGGUGAUUGCAGCCGUGCAGGGCAACAACGAAGUGUCCAUGUGGGACAUGGAGACCGGGGACCGCAGGUUCACGCUCUGGGCCAGCAGCGCGCCGCCGCUCUCCGAGUUACAGCCGUCCCCCCACAGCGUGCACGGCCUCUACUGCAGCCCCGCCGACGGCAACCCCAUCCUGCUCACCGCCGGCUCCGACAUGAAGAUCAGGUUCUGGGACCUGGCGUAUCCAGAAAGGUCGUACGUGGUGGCGGGGAUCACCGGCUCCUCCUCCGCGUCCUACUACCGCAAGAUCAUAGAAGGCACCGAGGUGGUGCAGGAAAUUCAGAACAAGCAGAAGGCGGGGCCGAGUGACGAGGCCCCGCGCCGGGGCCCCGAGUCGCUCCCCGUGGGCCAUCACGACAUCAUCACGGACGUGGCCACCUUCCAGACCACGCAGGGCUUCAUCGUGACGGCCUCGCGGGACGGCAUCGUGAAGGUGUGGAAGUAGAGGCCCGCGGAGGCCUCGCGCAUGCGCACCUGCUCCCCGCCCAGCCGUUCGUACAGGACGGGGUUGUGAGCUACUGUAAACACUGUUUUGCUAUUAAAAAUGCUGUUGAGAGAG